AUGGCUGGUUUGGGGCAGCAGCUUCGCUCGCCGCGGCGGGGCCGAGCUCUGGCUCUCCUCCACCUCAUCGGUCUGCUGUACCCACCCUCGGGUGCUCUUCCCUGGGAUACCGGAGCCAGCCCACCCAUUCUGGAGAGCUUCCGGGUGGUGAGGGGGAAUUUCUCUAGGACUUUCUUGCGUUUUGGUUACCAUAAGAUCACAGAGAUUCCUGCAGGAGCCCGUGACAUCAUCAUAAGGGAGACAGUGAAGAGCCGAAACUACCUGGCUCUGCGGACCCAAAACGGUCUCUCUGUCGUCAAUGGCAACUGGGUGAUUGACAGGCAGGGGAACUUCACUGCGGCGGGGGCACAGCUGACGUACCAACGGCCCAACGAAAUCCGAUCUCGCAAAGGAGAGUCCAUCACGGCAGUGGGGCCGCUGACUGAGGACCUGCAUGUUUAUCUGAUCUACCAGCAACCAGGUCCCAGUAUACACUACGAGUAUAUCGUGCCUUUAAGGAACACACGUCCCACUACUGACCCGGAGCCACCUUCCGACGACUUGUCCCUUGCUGCAGCAGCAGGCCCAUCCCACUCAGUUGAGAAGGACCAGAUGAACCAUCGAAGGGAGAACAACCACCAAGUUGAGAUGGUCCACCAAAGUGAGAAGAUCUACCAAGGUGGGAAAAGUCCCCAAGGCGGAAAGGACCAACAAGAUGAGAAGGGCCUACCGAGUGAGAAGAAUCACCAAGCUGAAGUCCCCAACAAUGACAUCAUCAAAGAGACACAACACCCUAACCUGGUUCCCUCGGACCCUCGGCCCACCUACGUAUGGACAAAGAGUGGGCACUCAGCGUGCAGCGCCACCUGUGGCUCAGGCAGGCGUCAGUUACUCUGGGGGUGUGUUGAAAGGGACUCAGAGACAACUGUUCCAGCUGACCUUUGUGACCCCGCCCUUGAACCAACGAACCAGGAAGAAGUCUGCAGCGACCAGCCCUGCCCUGCGUACUGGGACCUGGGGGAGUGGUCCGAGUGCAGCAGGAGGUGCGGACCCGGCACUCAACACCGACAGGUCAUCUGCCGCCAGGUCACCCACGUGCGCGCCAACGGCACGGAGACCUCGUUGGCCGCGGCCGAGGAGCUGUGCGGUUCCCCCGACAGGCCGCCGACCUCGUCCACCUGUCAGCUGAAGAUUUGCAGCCAGUGGGAGAUGAGAUCUGAGUGGAGCCCGUGCUCCGUGCCGUGUGGAGUGGGCCAGCGCAGCAGGCAGGUGGUGUGCGUGAGCAAUCAGGGCGACGUGGAGGAGGAUGAGGAGUGCAACGCCAACCUCAAGCCGGACACGUUGCAGAACUGUGACAUGGGAGCCUGUGCACGCAGCUGGUUCACUUCACUCUGGAGCCAACGGUGCUCUGCGGAGUGCGGGCAGGGCAAUCGGACGCGAACGGCGCUGUGCCUGAUGGAUCACGUCACUGAUCUCCCAUUGGACGGCUGCGAAGGGGACCGCCCACAGGAGGCCACGGCCUGCGAGUCAGGCCCCUGCCUGGGUCGCCUGGAGUGGUACACUGGCGCCUGGGGGCAGUGCUCGGCAGAGUGCGGGAACGGCACACAGACCCGGCCUUCGGUCUGCAUUUUCAGCAUUGACGGUCGUGUGGCGGUUGCAGAUCCAGCAAAGUGCUCCAGUCUGUCUCAGCCAAUCACAGCGCAGCCCUGCAGGCUGAAGCCAUGUGGCGUCCAGUGGUACGUCACGGACUGGAGUGCGUGCUCACGCUCCUGCGGCGGGGGCUACCGCGUGCGCGAGGUGCGCUGUCUCGCGGACACCGUCAUGCCCAGUGACAGCUGUGACCCUGGUUUGACCCCAGAAGGCCGUGAAGAAUGCAACAAGCAGCCUUGUGGUGUCGAGAUAAAUCCAUCGUGCAGCGACCAGUACCACAAUUGCCCGGUGGUGGUUCAGGCCCGGCUCUGUGUGUACACCUACUACAGGAGCGUCUGCUGCUCCUCCUGCUCCCGAGCCCUGAAGUCCUACCCGAGCUCACUUCUAAAGAACCACAUCGGCCGGUGACGCCGCCGUGUGAGAGCACGGCCUGAACCGUGGUGACAUUUGAUGAUGCACUUUGUGGUUUCUUGUGUUAUUACAGAUGAUAUGGACAUGGUUUAGCAAUGUGAUGUUUACCUUAAACGUGGCCCAGCGGAUAGCAGAUAAGAUCUUCAGUUCGAACCCUCGCUCCGCCAGUGUCCAUGUGCUACACAAGUGUAGUCUAAAACUCUAUGAAUGGGUGAAUGAUGACGUGUUGUUAAAGCAUGUGGUCAAAAGACUAGAAGUACAGUCCAUGUACCAAUAUAAUAUAAUCCAAACAAUUUGUAUUCAAGCUGAUCUUAAAUAGUUAACAGUUCAUUUAUACCUCCAUACGGUGUGCUGCUGGGCAAUAAAAGUGGGACUUGCUGGAAGAGUUACAAUGGCAAGUGACAUAUUAUAUUAAAGGACAGUUCCACAAUUUUUCAAAUCUGUCUUGAUGGAUUCUGAUUUGGGAAACUGGGGAGAGUGAUAAAGUUAGCCACUAGUCCCUUUCUUUUAGUAAAGUCAUUACUGGGCCUGAGUCUAAUCAGCGACUGCUUUCUGUUAGGCAGUGCUGUUGGCAUGGCAACUACAAAUCAACUUUUUCAGCUGGUUAAAAAUAAAUCUUAGAAAAAAAUG